CAGUGUUCAGAGUCCCGACUCAGCUGCAGGACGGCUCUGACAUGCUGCUGCCUGGAAACGGUGAAGUCCCUGAGUCUAACCGGUCCAGAGCAGAACUCGGGUCCGAACCCGGGUCAGAACCCGGGGAAGGGUUUGAACCCGGGCCAGAGGCGCUGAUUGUUCCGGUGGUGUUCGGGCUGAUCUUUGUGCUGGGGCUGCUGGGAAACUCUCUGGUGAUGCUGGUGAUCGGGAAGGCGAAGUACAGCAUUGGUGGCGGGAAACGCGGCCCCAGCAGCCCGACCAACAUCUUUGUGGUUAACCUGAGCGUGGCAGACCUCGGCUUCCUGCUGUUCUGCGUGCCGUUCCAGGCUACUGUGUACUCGCUGCCCCAGUGGGUGUUCGGUGGCUUUGUGUGCACGUUCAGCCACUACGUCUCCUCCGUCAGCAUGCUGGUGAGCAUCUUCACGCUGGCCGCCAUGUCUGUGGACCGCUACAUCGCUGUGGUUCUCUCCCAGAAGCCUCGGCGUUGCAUGCGGAGCCGCCGGAACGCUCUGGCCAGCAUCGCCAUGAUCUGGGCGCUGUCGGCGGCGUGCUCGGUGCCGGUAGCCCAGCACCAGAUCCUCAUCGACUAUCCCAGCGGCACCAACAGCACCUACUGCUGGGAGCACUGGGAGUCCAGAGCUGCCAAACGCAGUUACAAGGUGGUGGCGCUGUUGCUAGGAUACGUGCUGCCGCUGCUGCUCAUCUGCUGCUGCUACGCCAGGGUUUUGUUUCAUCUUCAUAAAAAGAUGAAGAAUGUGUCCAAGAAGUCUCAGCGCUCUAAAAGAAAGACAGCUCAGACGGUGCUGCUGGUCGUGGCAGCCUUCACCGUCUGCUGGAUGCCGCACCACAUCAUCGCCAUGUGGGUGGAGUUCGGCCGCUUCCCGCUGACCGACGCCUCCUUUGCCUUCCGCAUCCUUUCCCACUGCCUGGCGUACGGAAACUCCUGCGUCAACCCCGUCCUCUACGCCUUUCUGUCGGAGAACUUCCGCCGAGCGAGCCGCCAGGUCUGCAGCAGCCGCUUCCUGCUCCCUCCACCACCACCUGGUGGCGACGUGGUCCGUUUCCGCUUGGAGAACUUGUCCGCCACGCACUCCACCACCAAAAUAUGAAGGGCUGAGGGGUGGUUAUGUGUACAUACCAGGACAACAAGAAAAAAUAUGACUUUUUCUUUGCUUUGUUUUUGGUGGACUGUAAAUGUUGAUUCGUUAUUUAUAAUCCAUAAAAAAGAAAGAAAUGUGCACUUUAAACUUUGUGUUAUGCUCGAGCGAUGACUCACUAAACGUUUUAGGCCUCCUGCACACUGACUGCGUGGCGUGAGCGUGUCGGCUGCGUGGCGUGAUACCCAUGGUAACAGGGACUGCGUGACACGCACGUCUCACAAAACGUGCGUGCUAGAAAUAGGACGACGCCUAUUUUUCACGCCACACGCCAGCGUGUUGGAGGCAUUUCCAGACAACAUCGAAUAUGAAAAGAUGUUUAUACGUCAUUUAGACACAAAAACAUUUAAUAAAUGACAUGUUGAUGUUUGAAAGUCUGGAGGUUUUAACAUAAACGCAGAUAUAAAUAUAAAUGCAAACAUUUCAUAAAAAUGAUUUUCUAAU